AUGGACCGACGCUCCAGGAUGAAAGAAGCCAUGGCGGAAGGCCUUAAAGAAGCCAGAGCGCCAUGCGAGGCGGACGAGGGCAAGACGGGUUCAGGCAAGCUGCGCAAGAACGUGAAGCUGUUCGCGCCGCUGCUGCGCCUCGCGAGUCUGGAGGUGGAGGAGCGGGUGCUGGCGCUGGCGGGCAGCAGCCAGGGCGAGGCUCGCAAGUUCCCCAUUCGCAUCAGCCACCCGUCCCGCAUUCUCUUUCAGAGUGCCAGGGAGGCUCGCAAGUUCCCCAUUCGCAUCAGCCACCCGUCCCGCGUUCUCUUUCAAAACGCCAGGGAGUUUUUCAUCUACUUCCCCAAUGGCCGUGUGAAGCAAGCUUGGUGCCGAGCCUUGCGUGCCGCAGCCUUCCCCGAAUCAGAAGACACCCUCUGGCAGGUUCAAGUCUCCCAAGCCUACGCUGUCUACCUCGGGAAGAUCCGAGCCUCGCGCCCGGACCUCUGGUUGAAUGUGGAGGCUACGGAACUGGAGGGUGGGGGGGAGGAUGCGAGGGGGGAGGGGGAGGGCGGUGGGAAGACUGGGCGGUGGGGGGAGGGGAGGAUGGGGCAGAGGAAGUGGCUGAGAAAGAUACGGACAAAGCAGGGAGGGGGAAUUGGGGCCAGGAGCGGCAGUGGAGGUGUAGGCGCGUGGGGGGGAGGAGGAGGCGGGGUAGGGGCAGGAGCAGGGGGAGGGGGGGGAGCAGGGACGGUAACUGGGGAGGAUUCGAGUGGGGAGGGGGAGUCAGAUGCGGCUACUCCCACAGGCGGUGGCUUUGGUGGAGCAAGCAGCAUCGGGGGCAGCAACAGCAUUGGUAGCAGCGGUGGCGGCGUUGCUGCUGCUGCUGCGGCGGCGGCGGCGGCGGCUACUGCUUCGACUGCCGCUAGUGGUGCGGGAGGGGGAUGGGAGGACGGUCCUGGAGGGGAGGAGAGUUCUCUGUGGGCCUUCAAGCGCAGCCACACGGAUACAUCUGUGCGUCACCGACCGAGAAUCCUCAACAGUGAAGGGAACACCACUGAUACCACCUUGACCUCUGCCUCCUCUGAAAUCAACUCCUGUGGGAUCAUUCACUCUGUGGCUGGAUCGUCUGGGGUGAACCAAACGGGAACCAACUUGUCCGGAUUUAACCUGCCCGGAUUCAACCUGUCGGGAGUCAAUUUGACUGGGGUCAACUUGAGUGGAGUCAACUUGACGGGAGUCAACUCGUCUGGAGUGAGGAAGAGGGGGCAUGGGGAGCGAUCACAGCUGGAAGGAGUGGCAGAGGGGGCUGUCACUGUCCCACCAUUUGACAGCCCACUCUACUUUGACCUUUCUCAGGAGGACGCGCUCAGCAAGAAGCUCCAGGCCAAGUUCUCGGAGAAGCUGUCACUAGUCAUCACACCGUCCAUCAUGGGUCCCAUCUCCUGCACCAAGCUGUCGCUCGGCCCCAUCCCUCCUCUCAUUCGCUCCAUGCGCACAGUCAACCUCGCCAUGCCAGGGGGCGACCUUGCAUUGGAUGUGGAUCUGGAGUUCAAGGGAGCAGCCACCAUGACGAUAGAGACCAGCAUUGACAUGCGAGAAACGCAGUUCCUCAAAAUGUGGGAAGAGCGAGACCUUUCCCGGGCAGAAAAAGAGUCUGAGAGGAGGGCGGAGUAUUCUGGGCAGGUGGAAAACACACCGUUGACUGCAGGCUCGGAACCGGCCCUUUCUGACGGUUCGGCAGCUGCCGGGGGAGGCUCGGAUGGAGUAGGCUCGGCCGGACCUGGAGCCGGACCUGAGCGGCUGGUUCGGCGAGGAUCGGGCAUGGGAGAGGCACUGAUGAGUGAGGAGACUGCUGCUGCUCUAGUGGGGGAUAUGGAGGUGGCUGAGGAUGUGACUGUAGAGGGCGCUGCCACAGCCCCUGCUACCCCUGCCAAGAGCACGCCAUCCAAGGCAGGCAGGAAAAGGAAUCUCAUUCGAGGCGUUCGGGGCAUGGUCAGCAACAUGGCCAACAGCCUCUCCCAGGUUCCUCUCAAGAUCUCCUUCAACAUCACAUCCGUUAAAGGAACACUGAGAAUCAGGGUACCCGCCCCACCCUCCGACCGCCUCUGGAUGUCGUUCGUUGAGAUGCCCGAGAUCGAGAUGCAAUCCAUGCCGUCCAUUGGCGACCUCAAGCUCAAGCGCUACCCCAUGGCCACUCUCCUGAUUGAAAAGCUCAAGGCAUUGAUCAAGCGCUCUCUGGUGCAGCCCAGCUGUGUGGACGCCAAGCUGCGCUUCAUGCUCUCAGACCCGCACGACUGGUUACCGCGUCAACCCUGCAUGUUACCCUGGCGCCCCCCUGUUGACGCCUCUGUCAACCCUCCUCCCUCCACCCUCCCCGCUUCCUCCUCCUCGUUCUUCACUCCCUCGUCGUCCCAAACCUCUCUCUCCGGGCUGGCCCAAGCCUCCAACGCCGGCUCGGACAGCCGAGGCUCGGAUGUCCGAGGCUAUACGGUAAAAGACUCGGGAAGAGGUUUGGACGGGGAAGGGAGGGAUGGGGAAGGCCUGGGUGCAAGUAUUGGAGAUUCUGGUGGAAUUACCAGCACCAGUGGCGGUAGUGGUGUAGGUGGUGCUGCUGGUGGUGGUGCUGCUGGUGGGUUGGCUGGGAGUGCAAAGCUAGGUCGGGACAGCACGAGAGGGUCUGUGAGGGGGCUGGUGGGUGGGAUAAUGACGAGAAGGCAAGGGGCAGCAGUCACAAGCAGCCCUGUGCUCGAUCUAGUCACAAGGCGGACCGGCAGCCACCAGAGUCUCAGCUCUGGCGCCUCUGCUGCUGCUGCUGCUGCUUCUGGGGCUCCUAGAUCGCCAAUGAGGGGUGCGGUAGGUGCUGCUGCUGCUGGUACUGCUGCUGCUGGGCUGGGAGGUAGGCAGGGAGGAGCAGGAGGUGCUGGGGAAGUGGGAGGAGGAGCGGGACCAGCAGCAGGAGGAGGAGGGGGAGCAGCAGCAGCACUAGUGUCGGGAGGAGGAAGCAGCAACAGUGACUCGGCUCAACUUGCCUCCAGCUCUCCCCUUGCGGCUCUGGUCCCUUUCAAUCCUAACGUGUGCCCCUCUUCUCCUCUUAGAAGACUCCCGCCUUUCUAUCUUGGCUCGAAGGAACAUGAGCUUCAGCAGCAGCAGCAGCAGCAGCAGCAGCAGCAGCAGCAGCAGCAGCAGCAGCAGCAGCAGCAGCAGCAGCAGCAGCAGCAGCAGCAGCAGCAGCAGCAGCAGCAGCAGCAGCAGCAGCAGCAGGACGUCAGCGUCCCUUCCCCCUCCUUCUCUGUCUCCUCACCCCCAGUUCCUCCACCCCCUUCCUCCUCCACAACCUUCUCACCGCUCUCCACUCCUGCUCUUCCCUCUUCCACCUCAACAGCUCGCCACCUCCUCUCAGCAGCCAAGUCACACUUGAAAAGCGCAGCAUAUGCAAUCAAACCCUCGUCUUCCACUCCUUCCUCUUCCUUUACCUCUGCAGCCUUCCUUUCCUCUUCAGGCGAGUUUGGUAAAGCCAGUGCAGCCAGUGAAGGUUCAGCGGACGAGGGUUCGUCGCAGCAGCAGCCAGUGCGAGGGUUUGAGGCGUUUAAGCAGAGUCUGGGGGUGCGUGGGAGUGAAUGGUUGGAUAGGGGGAGGGAGAAGGAUAAGGAUCGGGAGAGAUGGGCCACGGCAGCGAUUGCGAGGGUGGCUGCAAUGAGGAAGAAAGCAAGGGGGAGAGCGAGGGGGAGCUGGGAUGGGUCGGAGUUUGGGGGUAUGGGGGAUGGGGAAGAUGCAGGGCUGGAUGGUUUGGACGGUUUGGAUGGGUUGGAUGCGGUGGAUGGGCUUGAUCGUGAUGCCUCUGCUGCUGGUGGUGGUGGUUCUGGGGUACCAGGGUCGACGAGGGAAGAUGCUAGCUUUGGUCUGUUCUCUGGGAGAUCUGCUCUGAUGAUGGUGGGAGGGGGAUUGGGAGGAGGAGCGGGAGGAGGGGUGGGGGGAUUCAGGGGUGUUGCUGGGGGGGCGGCGAGUGGAGGUCUGGUUGGGGGACUGAGGAGAAUGGGAAGGAGCAAGAGUGGGAAGGGCAGGGAAGAGGAGGGCACAGGAACAAGCCAGGGAGCGGGUUCGAGGGAGGAACAGGAGGGGGUGGGGGCGGAGGGGGAGGAAGGGGAGGAAGGGGAGGAAGUGUCAGAAGGCUGGGCUGAUGCGAGAAGCUUCACGGUGCCGAUAGUGAGAGCGAAGAGCUGGGAAGUGGGGAAUUCGGAGGUGAUGCGGACGCAGCUGUCGUCUCGCAGUGUUCGAGGCGAGGCAGGGCUGGUAGUGUUGGAUGGGGACGGUGUGGGAUCGACGGCUAGAAAUGAUUCGGAACGAACGGUUUCUUCUGGUACAAUCACAACAGCUGAACACACAGCAUCACCAAGCGUUACUGCCAGCACUGCAGGAAAUGCUGCUUUUGGGGGUGUCAUCUCAGUAGUAGCGACCAGUGGGGAUAGGCGAGGGAAUGGGGGAGCAGCAGAUGCGACGGCGGCAGCUGUAGUGGUUCGGCAGCAAGAAGGCUCCGGGUCUGGUGGCGAGGGUGGGGAGAGUGGGGAGGAGAGAGAGGGCAAGUGGGGGGAUAGGAUGGCUAGGGCGAAGGAGUUUGUGGGAAGGAUAGGGAAUAGGGAGGCGAGGGAGAGGCUUGAGGAUAAGGCUAAGAAGGUGUUGGGAUUCUUGCACCGAGGGGAGAAAGCGGAGCAGUGA